AUGCUGCACUUGAAAGUUCAAUUUCUGGACGACUCUCAGAAGACCUUUGUUGUUGAUCAAAAAGCUCCUGGGAAGGAACUGUUUAACAUGAGUUGCAGUCAUCUAAGCCUAACUGAGAAAGAAUACUUUGGCUUAGAAUUCCGAAAUCACUCAGGAAAUGAAGUAUGGCUAGGACUUUUGAAGCCUAUCACCAAACAGGUUAAAAAUCCUAAGGAGACAAUUUUCAAAUUUAUGGUGAAAUUCUUUCUGGUGGAUCCGGGUCUGUUGCAAGGAGAGUUGACCAGGUAUCUAUUUGCACUCCAGAUUAAAAAGGACUUGGCAUCCGGGAGAUUACCGUGCAAUGACAACAGUGCUGCCUUAAUGGUGUCUUAUAUUCUGCAGUCAGAGCUGGGGGAUUAUGAUGAGGACACAACCAGGAAUCACCUAGAACAGAACCAAUAUUUACCAAACCAAGAAUACUUAGACAACAAGAUCGUAAAAUAUUACCAACGUCAUAUAGGGAAGUCUCCGGCUGAAUCAGAUAUGCAGUUACUAGACAUAGCACGCAAACUGGAUAUGUAUGGAAUCCAUCCUCAUCCUGCUAAUGAUGGGGAAGAUUUGCAAAUCAACCUUGCCGUGGCACACAUGGGAGUCCUGGUUCUGCGGGGAAACACCAAGAUUAACACUUUCAACUGGGCUAAUAUUAGGAAGCUGAGUUUCAAGAGAAAACAUUUUCUCAUCAAGCUUCAUCCACAUAUCGAUACUUUGUGCAAGGACACAUUAGUGUUCACCAUGGAAAGCCGAGAUGCAUGUAAGGCUUUCUGGAAGACUUGCGUGGAAUAUCAUGCCUUUUUCCGACUGUCAGAAGAACCCAAGCGUAAGCCAAGGCCUUUCUUAUGUAGUAAAGGCUCCAAUUUCAGAUACAGUGGGAGGACUCAAAAACAACUAUUUGAUUCAUGGACUAAAGGAAAGGCAAAGAAUCAACCCUUUGAAAGAAAACUCUUUCAAGCCAAUCUUCACGAGAGGCAAUGCAGGUCAUCUCCAGAUCUUCUGACUGAAGUAGCAAAGCAGCCCAAUGACUUAAGGCUGGUAUAUACCAGUAGACCAUGCUCCAGAAGUGUUAACAGCGUGGGCUGGGAUUCCUUUCUGGACAGGAACAGAAGAAAUUCAGCGGUUGAAGUAAUUUUCACAGCAGAACUCAAUCGUUCCAAACCAGAAGCAGAGUCUGCACCUUUGCAACAAUCAAGGAGCAGCGCUUCAUUUCCGGGUUGUAGUUACAGUGAUACGAUACACGAGGCCCCACGCCAACGCUCCGAGAGGAGAGUGAGGUCUUGUUAUGAAGACAGUAGUUACUGGAUGGAAAAUAUCAAUAGCACUUCUGAAGAUAUUAACAGGGGACGCACCUGUUCCCCAAGGACUUACACAGACGUCACUUAUGAACCAUCUCCAGAAAGGCACCAGCUGUACCAGGGUUCUCCCGGUUUCUGCAGCUAUACAGAUGGACCAUCUUUACUUGCCCCUCAAGCAUCAGCUAUUGUUGAGGAAAUAAUGAGGCUCACCAAUCAGCCAACUUUUCCUGGAAAAUCACCCAACCGAAGUCCAAACGCCAGAAGAUUAAAGGAAUAUCACCAACCAGUAUAUCCCAGAACAAGUUGCCGGAAUAGUGCGGAUUACAAAACAAACAUUCAAAUAACUAGCAGUGAAUCUAAUAAAGAACUUAAUCCCACAAGGUCCUUGAGUCACUCGGACAUGAAAUCUGCUUGGCUUCCUUAUGGUUCAGAAUUUAAGCCUUUAGGACCUUGUCCUGUAUUUAGAACAUCCAGUGUAUCAAGAAGAACCCCACCAGUGCUACCCAUACCACCACCACCGCCACCACCACCGCCACCUCCUCCUCCACCCCCUUCAUUAUUAAAAAACACACCGAGAGCCACUGAGAGAUAUGUGUACAGUGGGACCGAAUCCAGCGACUCUGAAACAGAAAUUAUGAACCCAUAUUACUAUGCUGUGUUUGGCAAAAAUAUAAGCCAUCCAAUGGCAAGAGCGAGGCUGUCCUCGGGAAGCCUUCAGCUAGAGGACGAGGAAGAUAUUCCAUUAAAUGUGAGUGGCUGGAGAAAUAGAAAGCCCAGAAUGGAAGAGAAAUGGUUUCACACUUAAAUGUAAAUAUAUUUAUCUUGGUCAGAU